AUGUCUCGAUUCAUAAUCACCAACCUCUUUAGACUACCCAAUAUCAGCUCACACAUCGUGACCCCUAGACCAGCUGUCCCGAAGACAUUCAUCGUGGCCAGUAACAGAACUCUCAAUUCGCAAUCUAUCUCCGAAAUCACAGCCAAGGAGAAGGAGCUCACAGGUCAAGACCGUCCCGUAGCCGGUGGCCCAACAGCUCAAGCGCAAAAACACGCCAACCAACCCGUCUCCUCCGACGUGGUUUCCGAUGUCACGCAGGGAGAGAAGAAAAUAACAGGUCGUGAUGUUCCCGUAUCAGGCGGUCCCGCAGCUCUCGCUCAGAGCAUCGCCUCUGCAGCCAAUCCCGCCCCGCAACACACCGGAAAGCUAGAUUCACACACCAUAUCCGCAAUCCACAACGCGGAGAAAGAGUUGACGGGCCAAGACCAGCCCGUGGAGGGGGGUCCUACGGCACAGGCCCAGAGUCACGCCAAUGAGCCCAUCAACAGCCAGAACCUCCACGACAUUACCGAGGGAGAAAAGCGGGUUACUGAGGGCCAGCGAGUUAAAGGCGGCCCUACUGCUACGGCGCAGAGCGAACUAGGUAAAAGUCGAUCUUAA